AUGACAACAACGAGUGUCGGUCAAGUUAUGGCGAUGUCUGGAAAAGCUAGUCUCUCGUUUACCUGUAUUGAGAACCCGAAGCCAGCAGCGACUUUGGGUGGAUAUUACCUCUCCUUGUCAUGUUCUGAGGCUUCUGAAAACAGCGACUGUGGGGCAAAGAUUCAUAAUUCAGAUGCUUCGAAUCUGAACGAACGCACUAUCGUGAAAGAGAAUCCGAGGUCACGGCCGCCUGAGACUUUGGAAGAGUGUGAAAAUGUCGAUGAAAUAAGCCCGUCUGAUCACUUGCCAGAUGUACGAAACAACUAUCAAACGAGUCCAACGUCGGAAAGAGAUAUUGACAUGCAGCCAAAUCUUGGUCCCAAUAGCCAGAGUCCUGCACCACUUGUCACUUCAUCACCUAUGUCAGGAGAGACGAUUUCUGUUUUGGAAUGCCAAGCAAACAUCGUGAAGGACAACAUCUAUGUUGAUAUCUCAAAUGCUCCCUUCUGUGAUGAAUUGGGUCUCACUCCACCUGAGCCGAGCCGAAAAACUAAGUCGCCAUAUGCAGUACAAAUCGAGGAAGUCCUCGACGAAGAGUUCGCUCGCCCAGAGGUUCCGCAUCCAUCCAUGAAUAUCCGCGAUGAGGUGCAUACAACGGAGACGAGUGAACACGAAAGUAUCAGUACAUCCAAAGGAGUGUCUACUGAUGAAGCUGCGAGUGAUGUCCGGUCAGAACCUCAGCCCGUCUCCGUCGAAGAAGUCCUUGACGAAGACUUUUCUGUUGAUGCGCACCCGAAUGUUUCUACAACAGAUGCUACUUUCGAUUACAUCUCAGAUACAGGCGCAACUCUGGCGUGGCGUGACACUGAGGCCUCGUCCGCUGGAAGUUCAAUUCCGGACAGAAAGUCUACCAAAAAGGUACGAUUCGCACAUGCAGAACCUGCCAACCAGACUUCUCAAAUCCCAGUGACGAAGUGGGCACCAGAGGACAUGAGAUUCAUUUUCUAUAAAGAGACUCGGGACUUUAACCCAUACCGAGAGCUUCAGGAGAGUUACCAAGCUCUGUUUGACGAGGCUGAAGGCGGAUAUAACAGCGUCGACUUCAACAAGCCAGAAAAUACCACGACUUUCAUCACCCAUAGUCCCUAUACUCCACCCGCAACGAUGUUUGAUCUUCAGUACUAUCGAGUCCCAGCAAGCUACUUCCACACGUUUUGGCACCCACAGAGAGUCCCAAUCUACCUGCACGGCAAUGUAUUUGAUGGCAUCUCGCUCACAAAUUGGACCUAUAACUGGACAGCAUACACCUUUAAAGACGAUUCAUACCAGAUGAACGCUGUCCGAAGAUUCGGCAAAACUGUUGUGAAGCUCGGCUCCGCGCUGAGCGACAUUGAGCAUGCAAAACCAGCCAUCAAAGCAAGCCUUCCGAAGGAUCUGUACGACGAGAGUGGAGUACUUUGGGCAGAUCUGGAAAACAUCAUCAAUGACAUCAUGUCUGAGGCUGAGGAUCGCUUGGAUGCAUCGAAGAAGGGGGGAAGGUUGGAGGUUGAGUUUGUGAGCCGAUUCUGUCAUGAGCUGAUCGCUGGCAGAAAGUCUUACCACUCUAUCGAGAAGUUCCGAAACAAGACGGAGUCGUGGUGUAAGAGGGCCAGGUUUCAUCCUGACUUCAUCAUGUUAUGGGAGCUGUGGGAGUCUUGA